UCGAUAUCUCAAAACAAACCAAAAAARAUGGUUGCAAAAAAAAUAUUUUUCGACUAUAAAAAUCCAAAAACAUGAURAAAAACAACCUCAGAUAGCCUCUUCAAAGCUUAUCACAACUUGUAGUACUUCCAUUUGUCCAGAAAAAUGGCACAUUCGAGGUGAAAUGAUUUUUUACUUCUGGUGGGUUUGCUUGACCUUGAAGGAAAAUGGCUUCUUCUCCAAAGAAAACAAAUUCUAAUAAUUUGUCUGUACCGACAAAAAAUGGUUCAACUGGGAGCUCUAGCUCACUGACAUCAGAGACACUCAGGACAGCUUUACCAAAACACUCACCUUCUCCCAAGAGAAGCCCUAGUCGCUGGUUUAAAAGAAAAGAUGGAACAAAAAGUGACAGCGAAAUGCAAGAGAGUGAACUAAAACAUCAUUACAUACCAAAAGAACGACCAAAACACUUUAGUAAAGUGCUGUCACAAAUCAAAGAAGGCUCAAGAAUGCAGUCCAGUAGCAGACGACGAAGUAAGACCUCAGAUGUGUCAUUAAGCUCUUCUGGUACUGGAGGUGUGGAUGUAGCUGGUGGAAAUCAAGGCAUGACGACCAGAAGUGGAUCUGCUGAAUUGCAUUCUGGAAGAAGCAACACUGCACUGUCUGCUACUGAUGAGGAAAACAUGGAUCUGGAUUCUCUUGAUGGGAUCAUGGGUUCUCAAGAGAAAGACACUGAUGAAGUGGAUGGGCAGGUUGACUCUGAGAGGAUAGCUCACGCUAUUGAACGCYUGAAAAGAAAGAUUGCCAAGACAAAGCAACAGAUACGGCAGCUACAAGAAGAGAGAGAUGAAUCGGUGAAAGAAUAUUUGGAAUCAACAGAAGGAAUGCAAAAUCAAGCAAAAGUGAAGAUAAACUUCGAGAAAAAGAAUCAAAAAACAAAUGCUACUAUAGCUCAGCUGCAACGAAAACUCCAAAAAUACCACAAGGCCAUGGUGGACUUAGAAGAAAAUGGCACAUUGUCGUCAAAAGUAAUGGCAAAAGAAGUCUUAAAGGGAGUAAAGGAUAAUAUUCGUGGUAUAUCUGGCCCUCAUUACAUCAGCGAUGAUGACUCGUCCAGUGCUGCAUCUGGUGCACCAGCAAGUUUGCCUCAUCAUCACUCAAGUCCACGAUAUAGCCUCCCGCCCAGUCCACCCGUCACCUUCGAACAAGAUAUCAACGACGUGAAAGAAAACCAGUCACGACUAAACGAAACCAUCGACUCUUUGAAGGAACAAUUAGAUCUUCUUGCUCGAUCGCUACAGGAAGAGAGAUAUAAAUCCGAGCAUCUUCAAUGUCAGUUAAAUGAUUUAACCUCACAGUGGAAUGAUAUGACUGAACUGCACCAAAAUGAGAUGAUGAGUCUGAAGAUAGAACUCGAACGUGCAGAAGAACGCAUGGAGUGCGUAGAGUACAGACUGUCAGAACGAGCAGGAGAAAUUGAAGAGGCGUUGGAUUCAUACGUUACUAGAAUAACUAAAGUAGAGACUGUACAACAACAGAACCAGCAGAUGGUUGGAGCUUUGGAUGAUUACUUGGAACAGUCAGUACAGGCAAAAGCAUUGUUUUCGAAGUUUCUCAGCGUGGUUUUGGCAGUGCUGGCUAUCAUUCUUAUUGUCUUUACAUCCAUUGGUAGAAUGAUAGUCCCUUUUACUAGAACAAGAGGUCGGCUGAUUUUCACAAGCAUAUUGAUCAUUACCUUAAUCCUAAUAUGGAAAUAUCAAGACAGUGACGUCAUAACAGCAGUAUUUGCGCAUUUCGCGCGCAACUCAGCCACGGCCAGAGAGAAGAUCAACUCUUUACUUUCACCGAUAUGGAAGCUAUUUUACAAGGAACACAACUCGUAAUACUAGGACAGAUUUUUAAUUGAUUCUGAAUGAGACUGAAUUUUUAAUUUAUAUGAAUAAUGAAUGGGAAAAUUUCUCGUGCGCAUGCGCAAUCGUUUUAUUGCUUUGCUGUGAUUUCAAUCUCGUACAAAGAGUCUGCGCUUCUUCUGGCCUGAGACCAGGAUUUCUUGGACUUCCGGUAUAAGAGCGCAUAUACGUUAAAAGACUUUCCAAAAAAUUUUAAAAGAUUAUUCCAGAUUUCUGAUUUUUAU